ACACGCGCCUGUAAAAAAACCUUUUCAACCGAUAAACUAAAUUCGACACGAAAAAGACCCAAUCGCACUCUUCCGGUUUUAUUUACCCGAACUGCCGCGUUCCACAGAUUAUAUUUGGGUUUGCGAGGUUUUAGUUCCGACUAGUGUUGUCUAUGAUACGGAUUGGUGUUCGAUGUUUAUGAAUGGAGUUCGGUGUGACGUCAUGAAUAGUGCUGUGACUGUGAUGCGGUUCGGUGGGCGACCAUUUGUUGACAAUGCGUGAUCAUUAGAGUGGAAAGAAUGUGGCUUAUGGGCGCGGUAUCAAUACUGUGCGUUAUAACGAGCGCAUUAUCCGAGUGGAAUUGUCCGGAGCUGAGCUCGCGACCCUCGGCCGAGUGCUCCUGUGACCUGCCGCACACGCUUCGCUGCGCUGGCGACCAUACUGCUCUACAAAUAAUUGGUCGUCACCUACGGGAGCAGAGAGCGAGAAACAAAAACACAGCGGUAUCCCUUCUGGACGUUGCUCUACGGGGUGUGACGUCAUUACCAUCUGCAUCAGUAGCCGAACUAGCUGGCAUCGGUUUACAUGGACUGGUGAUAUCAUCGGGAGAUAUAAAGAGAGUUCAGCAAGGAGCAUUCAAUAGCAUAACCGCUACUUUACUUGCCCUAGGUUUACCAAACAAUCAACUUCCUUCGGUUCCCACAGAAGCCUUAACUCACCUUGCCAAUUUGGAUCGCUUAGAUCUUUCCAAUAAUAAAAUACACACUUUAGAUUCGAGCUCUUUUAAGGGCAUACAAAAUCUUACAUAUCUGGAUAUAAGUGACAAUCAACUCACAAAUAUAUCGCCGGGUGCGUUUCAACCCCUCUCUAAAUUGACUGUGCUGCGUCUCAGGGGUAAUCUGCUGAAAGUUUCUGCACUAACUGCUUUGAAGGAGGCACACUUCCUCAGAGAUCUGGAUAUAUCAAGCAACGCAUUGGAAGGUCCCGUCGGUCCUUCAACGGUUCCAGCCCUCUCCUUUUUGGAGAUUUUGCAUUUGUCUGACAACACGUUUGCAAGUAUACGACGGGGUGCUUUGUCAGGUCUUACGAAUUUGACUCAAUUGAACCUUCACAACAACCAAAUAGAUGUCCUAGAAGACUACGCUUUCAAGCAUCUUGCCAACCUGUCACACCUGGAUCUAUCUCAUAAUGAAAUUGUAGCAGUUUCAGGUGCAUCUUUGGCACAGCUAGUGAACUUAGCGCAUUUGGACUUGUCACACAACUUUCUAAGAUCUCUCUCGGCGGACCCGCUGAAGUCCCUGCAUCAUCUUACGGAGUUAUUGCUACAUGACAACGAUAUAUCUAUGAUCGACGACGGAGCGCUCACACAGCACAAGGACUUACAGCGAUUUACUAUUGAAGAUAAUCCUCUUAAUUGCGAUUGCUUAAUGGCCGGCUUUGCUAGGUGGUUGCGGGAGGCAAAAAAUCUGCCUCAAUCAGAUAAAGCUGCGGCAGUUUGCGCCACACCACCACAUUUGGAAGGGGCGUUAAUAUCUCGACUGUCGAAAAACAAACUUUGCGAUGACGAACACGUUGAUGCGAAGGUUAUUGAUGACCCCAAUUAUGAUUACAAUAGAGUAAUCGAGAACAUUAUUGAUGAAGAUAAAGAUGAUAGUGAUUUAUAUGGAGACAAACAGGAUGGGUUGGACGAUGAUAUGUAUGACGAGGAAAUGGAAGUGCCUUCUGAAGAGGAUUUGCCAAUCUCCAAAUCAAAGGUUCGUCUUGUAGACUCUUGGUAUGAUGAUGAAGAGGUGCACUUGUCCUGGGCAUUGGAACCGCCUUCUACUCGACGAUACCGAUGUACAGGCGUGACUGCGUCGAAGAGUGGAGGUCUGCCGAAGCACGUGGCUUGUCAUAGAGCUGCACCUUCGAAUAUUAUAUUAAGGGGACUUAAGAUUGACCCUUUGGAAAAAUAUACAUUCUGUAUAGCUCUCGAAGAAAUGGACGGUGAAGAUACUCCGAUGUCAUUGGUGUUGGGAUGUGGCGCAUCACAAAUGGUUAGAGAACGAGCUGCUUACAUCACAAUGAGGCCAUCCACUAUGGUUGUUCCUGAUCGAGAAGCUUUGAGAGUCUCAGAGGUCCGGUCGAACGUUACAAGCGCUGGAUUACUAACCGUGCUAAUAUCUGUUAUGGGAAUACCAGCUCCUAAGCCACAGUACGUUCUACCAAGAUCUCAAAGAGUGUCCACACCCGACACCAGAUACGUAUCCCUACAUAACUGCUACGUGAUUCUUGCUGUACUAUCCAAAGGUUCAUUGGUCGCGCAGAAGGAUACACCGUGUCAAUCGACCUUAGAAGUAUCAAUGGAAGGCUUCAUACGAGGACCGUAUGAAGUUUUGUUUACGCGAUGUCAGCUGACGCGGGAACUGUUAAAAAACAAUUUCCAUCAAAAAACUUUUCUAAGUAACUGGGUAUGUCUGAUAGAACAAGAGAGCGAUAGAAACACAGCCGCGCACACAGUGAAGACGUCUCGCAAGCAAUAUUAUGGAUUGUUUCAAAUUGGCAAUGAAUGGUGCAAGGAAGGACGCCGAGGCGGUAAAUGCAAUGUCUCAUGCGAAUCUCUCCUGGACGAUGACAUCAGAGACGACUGCGCGUGCGCUUAUCAAAUUUUUGAACAAGAAGGGUUCAAGUAUUGGACAAAAUGGGACGCAAGAUGUAAAGGGCAGAGACUUCCAGACAUUCAAAAAUGUCCUGACUGGCAACACCCGCCUCCCCGGGCUUCUCCAGAAAGACUUAAGAGGACUACAACACGAGAAAGAAGAUCCACCGUCAGACUAUUAGCACAACCUUAUCACAUAUUUUUGAAGUCACAGAAACUGAAUGAAGUUUAAUAUUCUUACUUACUUAUUAAUAAUUAUGGAAUAGCUUAGUUAAACCAGAUUGUCUUUGUCCAACGCGUAAUGGUAGCAAUUUAAGAAAAAUGGAAUACUCGAUUGUUAUUUCUUAUAAUAUGGUUUGUAGUUAUAACAUAAUAGCCAAGUAAUAUACAAAUGCGUUGCUAAUAAACUAAAAACGGAGUUAGCGAAAGGGCCAAUAACUCUUAUUUUCCUAUGUUUAUGUAAAAGAGCGUAGAAGCAUAUUAUAUAAUCACCAUAUGUCCAGUGGCGUGCACAGAGUUUUUGACCAAGGUAUGCAUAAAGAAGAGAGAUGGCAUGAAAUAAAAAAAAAAUCUCCUUUAUGAGACAUACAAACAUUUUAGGGUAGCCAGUGCUUUUGUACUUGUAUGAAGUGCAUGCCACUGCAUGUGUCCCACCACAUGGCACAGACUUCUCUACUAGUAGAGAUAGAUUCAAGCUCAAAUCUUCCUGCAGCUCAAAUGAAGCUUAGAUCGCUUUAAUUAUUAUUUUUAUAUGUUAGUGGUAUUAACCAGUAACGUGCUUUUUAAGGCACGGGGGUGUAUAACGUAAAUUUCCGAUUUUGGUACCGAGAAUGUCUAGACAGAAGAACCCAAACUGAAUCUAGGACUCCGUUUUCUUAACUGAAACGUGCUUACCACUAGACCAAGAAAACUGUGAUAGUUUAACAUGUUAGGUUAGUUUUGAUUGUUAAGUUUAAAAUUAAAUAAAAUGGUUUAUUUUGUUUUUUUUUU